AUCUUCCGCCGUCCCAUAAAUAACAAAAACAUGAGAUGUUGAUUCUUUGCCUGGAAAUCUCAGAGCGGUGUAUAAGUUGAACGAAGGAUCCCUUCUUACGCCGGUAAAGAAUGUAUCGGCCUGCCUGGGUGUCCCAGCCUCCCAGAUCGUUCAACCCAUGGACCAUCGCUCUGCUGGUCGGAGUGACCGUGGUUAUAUUGGCAUUGGUGAUUGGCCUCCUCGUCUACUUCUUGGCCUUCGAUCAGAAGCUACUCUACUACAAAGGCACGAUCCAAAUCACCAAUGUCCAGUAUACCUCGCAGCUGCAAGUACCGACAUCACCACAAUACAGAGAUCUGUGUAAGAAAAUUGAGAAUAUGAUAGAAGCUACCUUUAAUCAGUCGGAACUGAGCAAACAGUUCAUCAAGUCUCACGUCGUCAGGCUGAGACCGAGCAGCAGAGGUGUGGACGCAGACAUCAUGAUGAAAUUUCGCUUCAGGGCCAGGAACAACGGAGCCUCCAUCAAGAGCAAAAUCGAGAAGAUUUUGGUCGAGCAGCUGGGGACAACGGAGACACUGCAAAUAAAUCCCUUCUCAACUGAGAUAACAUGCAAGUCACAGGGUUUUUUCAGGCUAAGCUAUCUUGAGCCAUCCACCCUCCUCCAGCUGCCCUGA